CUUCAGGAUAAUAACUCUUGCUUCACUUGCUCUGAACUUUGGAAUUAGUGUUGAGUGGACUCUGGUGAAAUUCUACCUCCUGGAUUGGUUGGAUUCCCUGGAGACUUUUGAGAUGCUUAUUCAGCCAGUCCUUUAAAAGCAAGUCCUCAAGGAAGGCAGUUUGUCCGCUGGGGCAGCAACACUGAGGUCAUACCAGCCAGCCGGACUCCUUGUCAACAGGCAGAAGCUCAUUUUGAGUUAUCACAGAGGUUUUCAACAUGAUGGUAUCCCUUAUAAGCAGCCUCUGGUGCGUGCAGAGUGAGAUACUGUAAUAGCACAGAAAUUGCAGGCAAUGAGUGAGGAAUGGAGGGGUGAUGAUCCUGGACACGGGAGCCAGGGAUCUUGAAGAGAUUGUGUAGAUCAGCUCUUUUCCAAAAAAACAGGGAACGGGUGGUUGGCUUCUUGACCAAUUUGGAUACCAGGAAAGGUACCGUCUGUGGUGCGUAAUGGCAGGCUGAAAUAUUUGCCGUGUCGUUCUUCCCAUCCGUUUGCGGGCUCUUGUGAAAACAGGGUCACUAAUCAAUGAAAAUGUUGCUAGGGAAAAAGCACUCCGCCUGUUGAAUUUCUGCCUUAUGCUGCAGUUGGAGUCACGGAAGGCUUUUGGGAUCUGUGGUAAACCUCUUUCCAGGACUCCCUGCGUUGGCUGGAAGGCAAAAAAAAAAAUGUUUUUGAAUUUAGAACGCUUGGUGUUGUGCACACCCUGAGGGUCUCAUCCUGAGGAUGGUCUCGGACAGGUCUGCUCUAGGUCAGUUGGUAUCUUGAUUUUAAUCUCUUCUCGUUCUUUCAAUAAAGAGGAAAAAGGAGCAUCAUGGAUUCUGUUCCAAAGAAAAGUUUCCCCUUUCCCCCCUCUUUGGUUAAAAGAAAAGAGGAAGUGGAUUUGUUUUGUCAUUGUGUGUGUGUGUGUGUGUGUUUUAAAUAGACAUGUGAGCCAGAGGUUAUUUUGAAAACACUGGAGAGAGAGAGAGAGCUGAGUCCUCUGCUCACAUGGCUGGUUUGCCACCCCCCACCCCAUUUCCCUGAUAUGUGGGGCCUGCCAAGGGAAGUGUAAUCGGGCAUCCCCGGGAGAUGGCACUGUUGUCUGCUUCGGGACCAAAAGUUCUUCUGAGACCGGCAGAGAGAGGCCAGGCCUGGAAACAAGCCCUACUCACUGUGAUGCCGAAGUCUUUCUGGGCGACGCCGGCUCAGCCAAAAGCCGCCCGAGGCACCUGUCAGACCCCUUGGUGGUGAAGCAGCCGGAGGAAGAGGCGUCAGCCCUGCGGCUCCUGGACCAGACCCCGCUGCACCAUUCAGCCCAUAUUCCGGUGCCCCGGCAAAGAAAACUAUCGGAGAAGGCAGGGAUUGACGAAGUUAUGGCCGCUGCCGUCCUCACCAGCCUCUCAACCAGCCCGGUUGUGCUUAACAACCCUAACAACAGUUUUGGCACAGAAAGCCGCUGUGACCCAUGGAAAGAAAGCCGCCCCAUGUCCUCCAGCUGCAGCAGCAGCAGCAACGCCAGCGCCGACUGGAGCUGGGACGCUCCGAGCGACCUCUCCACCCCUUCGACCCCCUCGCCCCCGCUUUCCACCGAUGUCGCCCCCGGCUUCCUUUCCGCUCUGCAUUCGGACCUCGAAGAGGCCGAGGCAACGGCCUUCCUGUUUGGUGACCCCAUUCCCCGGAAGAGGAAGAACUCCACCAAGGUGAUGUUCAAGUGCUUGUGGAAGAACUGUGGGAAAGUGCUGAGCAGUUCCUCCGGGAUGCAGAAGCAUAUCCGGACCAUCCAUCUCGGACGGAAGGCUGACCUGGAUCAGAGCGACGGGGAAGAGGAUUUCUACUACACGGAGCUGGACGUCAACGUGGACUCCCUGACCGACGGUCUUUCGAGCCUGACCCCUGUCUCCCCCACCUCCUCUGCCCCCCCGGCCUUCCCCACCCUGGAGGAAGUCCUGCCUACGCCGCCCAUUCCCUUCAAGACGGAGGUUCCCAUGGUGUCACACCUGAGCCCGUCGGCACCGGUGACCGUCCUGAGCCAGUCAGCACCCACCAGUCUGUGCCAUAUCCAAACUGACCAUGCGUACCAGGCUAUGGGUCCUUCUGGUGUGCUGACAGAUCUCAAUGUGCCGUCCACUGGAAUGGAAAUCAUCUCAUGGCAGCAGCCCCCGCCGCCAACCUUUUUCCCACCUCCUUUGCCCCCGGUCCUUUUUAAAAGCCCCUCGGGUUGCCUGACUCCCAUCCGGCCUGCUAAUCUCGGAGAGAAGCGUCCCCAGGCCCCCCCUGCUCCUGUUGCCAAAGGGCAUCCAUUAGUGCCCUCUUCUGUGCCAAAGCCUACAGCAGGCACCAGGAAGCCGCGCGGCGAGGCCAAGAAGUGCCGCAAGGUGUACGGGAUGGAGAACCGGAGCAUGUGGUGCACCGCCUGCCGCUGGAAGAAAGCCUGCCAGCGGUUCGUCGACUGAGUGGGCGCCGCUUGGAGCUGCCGCUCCCGGGAUGGCAAGCUGCCCCUCUCGAGCCUCCUUGCGCGUUUUUUGCACUUCUGUGCCUUCCGCAGCCCGGUCUCCCCGGCCGGCCGGCCUUUGCCCGGCAGCUUCCUCCGCCACCCCCCCACGCCCUAUAAGUGCCUUGGCUCAGGAAGAAAGGAGGGACCGGUGUGGACGACUAUGGUGGUGGCGGCCGCUCGGCG